GAGACUGAAGCCUGAAGCACUCAGCAGUUGAGCACUGCACAGAGAGGAGCAGGCAUAACACACAGCUCCGGAUUACUGCAGGACUGUCCAAAGUGGGGAUACUGUCUCAUUUGUGGAAGUAAACUGUCUGCCUGUCUCUGCUGACCGGUACACAUAGUAUCUGCAGACCUGAGGACCGCUGCCUGCGCUUACAGGGCUGAAUUCAGGGGGUUCAGGAGAAAAGAAGCAGUAACUCCUCAAGACAUCUGGUUUUAAGAUCAUGCCCCCUAGAUAGCAGUCACGGCAGUGAGAAUGCCCCCCCGGAAACGGACACGCCCCGCUCUGGGGUUCCUGUGCUGCUUCGGCAGCAGUGAGCUCCCCGAGAUCAACCUGAAGGACACUGUGCCCCUGCAGUUCCUGGAGUUCAGCGUGCCCAUGCCGCCUGCCGAGGAGCUGCACGCCCGCUUCUCAGAGCUCGUGGAUGAGUUAGAUCUCACUGAUAAGAACCGAGAGGCGAUGUUUGCCCUGCCAGCUGAGAAGAAAUGGCAGAUCUACUGCAGCAAGAAGAAGGAGCAGGAAGACCCCAAUAAGCUGGCUACCAGCUGGCCGGACUAUUACAUGGACCGCAUCAACUCCAUGGCUGCUAUGCAGACUCUUUUUGCCUUUGAUGAAGAGGAGAUUGAGAUGCGGAGCAAAGUGGUGGAGGAUCUGAAAACAGCCCUGCGGACACAACCAAUGAGGUUUGUGACACGUUUCAUUGAGCUGGACGGGCUCACCUGCCUGCUCAACUUCCUGAAGAGCAUGGACUACGAGACGUCGGAGAGCCGCAUUCACACCUCGCUCAUCGGCUGCAUCAAGGCUCUGAUGAACAACUCGCAGGGGCGCUCCCACGUCCUGGCGCACCCCGAAAGCAUCAACAUCAUCUCCCAAAGCCUGCGGCAGGACAACAUCAAGACCAAGGUGGCCGUGUUGGAGAUCCUGGGCGCUGUCUGCCUGGUACCAGGCGGGCACAAGAAAGUCCUGCUGGCCAUGUGCCACUACCAGAAGUACAGCGCUGAGAGGACACGCUUCCAGACGCUAUUGAAUGAACUGGACAGAAGCACAGGGCGCUACAGGGAUGAGGUGAACCUAAAAACAGCCAUCAUGUCCUUCAUCAACGCAAUCUUGAACGCAGGUGCAGGGGAGGACAACUUGGAGUUCCGCCUGCACUUAAGAUACGAGUUUUUGAUUUUAGGAAUACAGCCAGUAAUCGACAAGUUGAGAGGGCACGAGAAUGCAACCCUCGACAGGCACCUAAACUUCUUUGAAAUGGUUCGAAACGAGGAUGACUUGGAGCUUGCCAAGCGCUUUGAUAUGGUGCACAUUGACACCAAGAGUGCCACACAGAUGUUUGACAUAAUCAAGAAGAAGCUGACCCAUUCAGAAGCCUACCCCUACCUACUCUCGAUCCUUCAGCACUGCCUUCAGAUGCCAUAUAAGCGCAGUGAAGGGAACCUGCAGCAGUGGCAGCUCCUCAACCGCAUCCUGCAGCAGAUCGUCCUGCAGGAUGACAGGGGCGAGGACCCCGAUGUGGCGCCCCUGGACAACUUCAACGUGAAGAACAUCAUCCACAUGUUAGUUAAUGAAAAUGAAGUGAAGCAAUGGAGAGACCAAGCAGAAAAAUUCAGAAAAGAACACGCGGAGCUGCUGGCCCGCCUGGAGAAGAAGGAGCGGGAGUGCGAGACCAAGACGCAGGAGAAGGACGACAUGAUGAAGACCCUCAACAAGAUGAAGGACAAGCUGCAGAAGGAGUCUGUGGAGCUGAGGCACACCCGAGAACAGGUGGUGGACCUGGCAUCCAGAAUCAACGAGCUAGCGCAGGGCGGCACCAUCCUCUUCCCUCCUCCCCCUCCUCCCCCUGGUGACCCAUUAGCCCUGCAUCCCCCUCCCGUCUACCCACCUCCCCCGCCCCCCAUGCCUUUCUACGGAAAGAGGUCGGGUGGGGGAGGGGGAGGAGGGGGUGGGGGGGGACCACCCCCUCCCCCUGGGGCUCCACCCUUCUUCUGCACUGGGGUCCUGCCAUCCCCCGGACCCCCUUCCUUCCACACCACCACCACCCUGAGAAAGAAGUGCAUCCCCCAGCCAUCACACCCCCUCAAGUCCUUCAACUGGUCAAAGCUAGGAGAGAACAAGAUCAGCGGAACCAUCUGGCAUGAGAUUGAUGACAUGCAGGCCUUCAAGGUUCUAGAUCUUGAGGACUUUGAGAAGAUGUUCUCAGCAUAUCAGAGGCAACAGGACCUGCUCACUAACUCCUCCUUCAGACAGCAAAAGGAGACAGGCUCCAUGGACGACCUCUACCUGACCACCCGGAAGGUCAAGGAGCUGUCCGUCAUCGACGGGAGGCGAGCCCAGAACUGCAUCAUCCUGCUCUCCAAGCUGAAGCUCUCCAACGAGGAGAUCAGAAGAGCCAUCUUAGAAAUGGAUGAGCGGGAGGACCUUGCCAAAGACAUGCUGGAACAGCUGCUGAAGUUUGUUCCUGAGAAGAGCGAUAUCGACCUCCUGGAAGAGCACAGGCAUGAGAUUGAGCGCAUGGCCAGAGCUGACCGCUUCCUCUUCGAGAUGAGCAGGAUUGACCACUACCAGCAGAAGCUACAGGCCCUGUUCUUCAAGAAGAAGUUUGCUGAGCGUCUCGCUGAAGCCAAACCCAAAGUGGAAGCGAUCCUGACUGCCUCAUGGGAGGUCAUUCGCAGUAAGAGGUUGAAGCAAGUGCUGGAGGUGGUGCUGGCAUUCGGAAACUUCAUGAACAAGGGCCAGCGAGGCAACGCCUAUGGCUUCAAGAUGUCCAGCCUCAACAAAAUCGCUGACACUAAGUCCAGUAUAGACAGGAAUAUCACCAUGUUGCACUAUUUGAUAAUGAUCUUUGAAAAGAGUUACCCUGAUAUCCUCAAUAUACAGCAAGACCUGCAGAGGCUGCCAGAAGCUGCCAAAGUCAACUUGGCUGAACUGGAGAAGGAGGUUUAUCACAUUAAGAACGGUUUGAAGGCUCUUGAAGCGGAGCUGGAGUACCAGAAGAGCAGCAUUCCAGAGCGAGGCGACAAGUUUGUGCCGGUGGUGAGCAACUUCAUCACGGUGGCUAGUUUCCGGUUCUCUGAGCUGGAGGAUCAGCUGAGCGAGGCCAAGGACAAGUUCUCCAAGGCCCUGCAGCACUUUGGGGAAGAUGAGGGCCGCAUGCAGCCGGAUGAGUUCUUUGGGAUCUUCGACACGUUCCUGCAGUCAUUCAGCGACGCUCAGCAAGACCUGGAGAACAUGAGGCGCAAGAAAGAGGAGGAGGAGCGACGCGCACGCAUGGAGGCCAUGCUGAAGGAGCAGCGUGAGAAGGAGCGGAGGCUGAAGAAGACCAAGGCAGGCAGCAUCUCGGAGGAGAGUGGCGAGUUCGAUGACCUGGUGUCAGCCCUGCGCUCGGGGGAGGUGUUCGACAAGGACCUGUCCAAACUGAAACGCAACCGCAAGAGAUCGGGGAGCCAGCUGGUGGAGGGCAGUAGCCGAGAGCGCGCUGUCACAAAGGUCAAUUACUGACCAGUGAGUGCUGAGCUCCUACUCUCAAUUAAUAUACAGAUAUAUUCGUUGCAGGAGUAAACACAGGGCCACUUAAGGUAGAUUGUAAUGUGCUUUCCCAAUGACUGCGGCCAGCCAAGCUGUCUUUUCACAGCCAGCCUGGAAUGUAGAGAGAUUGGGAUCAGUUUUCCAAGUGCCUCUGCUCCACAGACUGCCUAGUGGAUUGACUUUUUUGAGGGGGGGGGGGGGGGGGGGGUCAUGACUGGUACUUUUUUUUUUUUUUUAAAAAGGAUGACCUGAUACUGGCUCACGUCCAGUGCCAAAGCAAAAAAAAAACUCAUCAUUUAUGUAUUUGUACAGAGAGUCGUGAAGAUUCCACAAUCCCACUUGCUUUUUCUUUUUUUUCAUCACUACCCAACUUUGUGUUUUUAGAGGCUUGUGACUCACUUUCUGCUGAAGGACACAGUAUUUUCCUCUUUCAAGGCAACUUCCUGGAAAGUUCUCAUUUGUUUGGUGCUGGGGAAUCAGCCAAGUCCAGAAUUGAAAAUCACUCAAUGCAGUCUCCCGUGCACCACACCGCUAAGAAAACAAAGAAGUAUGAUUGCAAGUUUUGUAUGUGUGUGUUUGUGAACUCUGUGGAGGCUGGAGAAGAAUGUAAUAUCCUUCCAUUAACAGUAGCAUAUUAACACAGCACUUCACUGCACUGCAUUGCUAGUUUUACAAGCUUUCUAGAAACCACAAUUCUGUACAGAUAAAUGACAAGAUAGUUUAGCACUUGCCUAGCAGUGUUUUUCUGGUACUACUCUGUUGGUUGUCCCAGCUGAUUAAAUAUAAUAUGUUGGCAGACUCCUCGCGGUACUAUUUCCCAUUGUCUUCUAUAUAGCACUACCAUCAACAAUGACUUUACACCACUGAAGAACCCUGCUGCAAGAACUUCUUCAGGAGCGCUCAAGAAACCUGCUUUUAGUCAGCUGUUAAUGACUGUUAAUAAGGUAGUGGUGGGGUAUACUAGUACUGGUUGAAUCCAGUACAGACAGACACCGUAUUGUUGUUACAUAUGUAAUGCAGUCUUGCACAAAGGAGGUAAACACAUUUUGGUUAUUAUUUUUGUUGUUGUUUGUUAAAAGAACUUAUUUAGAGAACAUAACCAAAAGGACUAAUUGUGAUACUUCUAAGCACCUUUCAUAACUGAGAUCCUCCUGCAAACCAUUUGCAAGUCUCUUGUUUGCUCUGCCUGCCUUUCUGUAGCAGAGGGCUCUCCUUUUGCGGGGAAUAGUGAACUCCAAGGUAAUUUGCAACAAGGACUAGAUACAGCAGCCCUCUAAGUUCAUUUUCUGAAACUGAGACAAAGGAUUACAAGCUGCAUAAAUGUGGACACAAAUGAGGAGAGAAGAGAAGAGAUUAUGGCAGCCAACAGUUUACCAUUAGGAGAUCAGGCCUGCUUGUCCUGGAAAGGAGAGGAGAGAGAAACAGAUCAGAGAUUUUGGAAGAUACCGUCAUCUCUUAUUCUAUUGCUGUGUCGCAGUACAAGUUUAAGAAAAUCACAGUUCAGAGUUUAUUCAGGGUCAUUAUGGGUCUGAUUUGUCACCGCAUAGAAGGAAGGAAAUGGUCCCAGUAAAAUGCAUUUCCUUUCAGAUGCUGUAAAUAUUCAGUCAUUGGGUGCUGUGUUGAUUUUAAGAGGAUGUAAGCCAUUUCGAAAGCUUUCCUGAGUUGCAUCUGGAGUUUGUAUAAAAGGGUAAGGCCGCACUUUUUAGGCUCCUCUCAGGGUGUUUUUGAGACCCUUAUAGUUUCUGAAGUGUUAAGCCCCCUGGCAGUGAAUAUACAAGCAUUAUGGGUAAUGGUCUAGCUUGUAAUCAUCAUGGACUACUGUAGAAAAGGUAGUUGGGAUAGGUUUGCUAAAGGGUUAGGGAAAGAAAACAAAUGCAACUUCGGUCAGUUACUAGAAUCAUUGAACAAUUUCAGGAGAAAUUCAGUGAGUUUGGCAUUUGUUUGAAUGUUGUGAUAAACUGAAUUUUGUGGCACCCCUUUAGUGAAUACAGAAUUCUGUGCCCCGAAGGCCAGUCCUUUUCACAUCAUCAGCAUUGCAACCAUCUCUUUUUUGCAUUAGCUUUGGUACUGUUUACUGGGGGAGUGAAAAUUUGAUUUUUUUUUUUUUUUAUCAAGGGUUUUGGAUCCUUUUUGUUUUUGAGCUAAAGCAGCACUCUGAAGAAACUGCUACCCCAAAAAAGAGGCUCCCUUCUGGCAAAUUACUGCAGACCAGAACUGCCCUUUAGAACAUGGAAAAGGUAUAAUCGCUGGAAUGUGUUUUUCCUACAUUGUACACCUCAAGUUCAUCAGAUGGCAUUACCUGCUGGCAAACCUUUCUUACUUUAUUAAAGCUUUAUUCAAAUGGAA